UCCGAGUUAAAGUUCUAAAGUUGGCUUAGAGAUUUUUCUUAUUCAAUAGUUCACAAGAAAAAAAAGGCUGUAACUCUUAAUGAUUUUUUAAGUCUUUUUUAAAAUGAUCGCAUUAUAAAACCGCCGAAUACUGCUAUUUGUAAAGUAGUUUUGCGGUCGCAUAGGCAUACGUCUUCUUUUUAGGCCACGGCUUACCGCAUGCAGAGCAUAAUCUGGUCUUUUCUGGAGUCACAUCAAAUGCCAGUGAUGAGAAAAUGCCAAGCUUCCUCCCAAGGAGAUCUACCAUCCACACGUUGCUGCUCAUGUCCCUCCUAUACUCGUUGAUCCUGUUGGUGGCAUACCUUUCCUUUGUCCUGAGGUCUCACUCCCUCAGUCAGUCCAUCUGGUCAUCACAGCGGGCCACGCCCCUCCCGGAAGAGCUUUCUAGGGCCCGAGAAAUGCUGGACGCAUUGAGGACUUCGGCAGAUCGGAGAAGGUUGCCAACAGGCCAGCAGUACUCCUACAGCAAGGUCCACUGGGGAUAUCAUGGUGUCCUGGAUGAGAAGUUGCUCCAAAUGCAGUGCUCUAAGUGUGCUGUGGUGUCGAGCUCCGGCCACCUCAUCAACAGCAGCGCCGGACUGGAGAUUGACGCCACUCCCUGCGUCUUCCGCAUGAAUAAUGCCCCAGUGACUGGCUAUGAGGUGGAUGUCGGGUCGCGCACAACAGUGCGAUCGAUCGGUCAUGUCAAUUUGAAGAAAUCUUUUGAGGAUGACGAAGGUGCAUGUUGGGAGAUGCUCUUGGACAAUCGUACCAGAGCCUCUGUCAUCCUCAUCAACUGGAUGUCCACAACCAAAGUCAAGAAGAUGGUCUCUGGGGAGUAUCGCUAUGCUGUCCUCUUAGCUCACCUCUUCCCAGAUGUCAAGUUCUACUCCUUCACGCGGGACAAGAUGAUCUCCUCAGAAGCUCUGUUCAAGAACUACACUGGGCUGUCGCGUCAGGAAGCCCAGACCUGGUUGUCUACCGGAUGGUAUACCUUAAUAGCAGCGAUGGAUAUCUGUAAAGACAUUGUGGUGUAUGGAAUGGCCGAUGAGAAAUACUGCAAUGGUUCCAUGAAGAAUGCACAACGUAUUCCUUACCACUACUAUGAGCCCAACAAGCUCAGGGAGUGCUCCUACUACAACAAGAGCGAGAUCAGACUGACUGGGGGCCACCUGUUUAUCACAGAGAAGGCUGUCUUUGCCCGCUUGGCGGCCAAGCGCCACAUCAAGUUCAAGCACCCGUCCUGGCCCAGAAGGGACUUUGGCACAGCCGUGACCCUGGACACGCCCUUCCUUCAGCGCUACCGGCAGAAGCGGCAGAAGAAAGGGAGGCAACGGCGUAGGCGCCCAGUUCCACCUGACAAUUGGACCAAUGCCGUCCAGCUACGAGUAGGCAACCAGACCAUCAUUGUGCCCAAGGAGAAGCUGCUGGAUCCCAUAGUGGGCCUCAUGCCAGACUCCAAGGUGCUCCCUGGGCCAGGGAAUGAAACCAACCUCAGAGUCAACAUCACCAGAAGUGGAGAUGACAGCUUGUGAAUUGGAUGACCUGUGCAGUACAACUGCAGUAGAUGAAAUGCUGGCCGACUGCUUCAAGUGGUACAGUAAAUCAAGCCUCCUGAGACGAUCUGUUGAGUGUUUGUCCCUCAGUUACAUAUAUAUGUUUAUAUAUUUAUGAUUGACAGUUUUUACAUAUUUGAAUGAUAUUUAAAGGAUUUCAAUUUUUAUCUGAAUGCCAACUGAUCGUUUCCAUUUAGGAUUUCAUUUCCCACUCAAUUUCCUGUGUAUUAGCAUUUAGUAAUGCAAUUUACAUGCUAACACUAAGGUGUGGUCACCAAAGUUUAAUCCCAAAACCUUACAAACACUGAGCUAACAAAUCUUGCCAAUGAACUAAAUGCCUUUUCCUCAAGUUUUUGUAAAGUUUCUGGUGCCUUUGUUUUGAUAGUGUUAAUUCCUAGUCUUUAUUUUUUAGAAAAUGUACAUUUUAUUUAUAUGAAGUAUGAAGCACUUUUCAGCACAAUACCAAACACGUCAUUCAAAAGAUAAAAUGUAUUCACUGAUUCAAUGCAAUUUUGAUACAUGUACAUAUGUUUAAACUAUAAAAACAGCUUUUUAAAUUAAAGUACAUGUAUUUGAGUUUAUUUGAA